ACUGUCAAAUGAGCAAGAUUCGUCUACUUCAUGUGGGAAUGAAUCUUUGCUAUCCACUUCCAGAUCUCUUCUCUCCACGGUUCCUACACCCUCCAUAACUACCAAUACUAACAUGUGUCCUCUAGACAUUGAGUCUCAGACCUCGACAACUUCACUGCCUCCCCUACUGACCUCCCCCACUCACAGUCUUUGCCUUCCUCCAGACACUGUACUCCAGCCCUCUACAACUCUUAGCAUUUUCCCUCCUAUACCCCUUGGGCCCCUCACCUCUACCACUCACAACAUUCGCCUUCCUCCAGACGCUAUACCACCCAUCACCUCCACUCACAGUAUAGUUCCUUCUCCAGACACUAUGGCCCUGACCUCCCCCACUCGAAGCAUUUCUCCUCCUCUGUACAUUGCAACCCCAGCCACCCCCACUCACAGCAUUUCCUCUCCUCUUGAGCCUGUACCCAUCUUAAGUCCCACACUUGAGGUAGACCAUGAUCUGGAUGAUCACUUCAUGUCAGAUGGGAUUGAUGUUUCAGACCUUCUUAACGUUCUUAGGUCACAGAUUGAUUUUGGGACUUGUCCAUCAGCCAACCUUAUUAAUGUUUGCCGUGAUGACAUCAUGGCAUGUGCAGUACGUGCUUUUGAACGGCCUUUGUUUGAUCCAAUGAAGAAGAUUGAUAUUAUAUUUGUGGAUGACUGGGACAUGUCAGAGGGUGCUGUGGAUGAUGGAGGCCCAACCAGGGAGUUUUCACGACUGUUGAUGCAGGCCAUUAAAGAGAGCUCUCUUUUUGAGGGCCCAGAAAACGAAAAACAUCUUUCAUUAGACUCGCAUGGUGAGUAUUUAGCAUAUUAAUAUUACAAUAUAUUAAUAUGUGUGUGUUAAAAUAUAUUUUUAAUAUUUGAAAUUCAUGCACUUACUAGUGCAUUCAUUCAGAUUAUUAGAGUAAGGCUGAAAAAUCAGUGGAAUAGUUAAUGAAGUGUAAUUAAACUUUUUGAUUGUUUCUCAUUACUGAGUGACUGCACCUGGAGGAAAUCAACACAAACACAGGGAAAGCAAGCAAACACCACACAGACAGGACUAUAGUCAUAUAAUAUAAAUCAAAACAGCCCUUCUUGGUGGAAGGUGACUAUGCCACAAAGCCAACUUUUUUUAUUUCUAAGUUCAAAUAAAGCAAAACAGACAACAC